AUGCAUAUUAUCAAGCCCGUCUGGCUCACUCACGGAGGUGAACGCAAAGACUUCGAAGUCUAUAGCUGCGACGUAUCCCCGGACGGAAAGCGACUUGUGACAGCUGCUGGAGAUGGAUACGUUCGAAUUUGGUCAACGGAGGCCAUUUAUGGCACCGGAACUGCCGAACUCGCUGGCAAGCCGAAACAACUGGCAUCCAUGAGCAACCACUCCGGCACGAUCCACACCGUACGAUUUUCACCAAACGGAAAAUAUCUGGCGUCAGGCGCAGAUGACAAGAUUGUUUGCGUUUACAUGCUCGAUUCCAAUCCUCCCACACACUCGACGUUCGGCUCGGACGAAGCACCACCCGUUGAGAACUGGCGCACGAUUCGCCGCUUGAUCGGUCACGAUAAUGAUGUUCAGGAUCUUGGAUGGUCAUAUGACUCUUCCAUCUUGGUGUCCGUCGGACUGGACUCUAAGAUCGUGGUUUGGUCUGGUCACUCGUUUGAAAAGCUGAAAAGUAUCUCAAUUCACCAGAGUCACGUAAAAGGCAUCACGUUCGACCCGGCGAACAAAUUCUUCGCAACCGCUAGCGAUGAUCGGACUGUCCGCAUCUUCCAAUUUACCUCUCCCGCUCCCAACUCCUCCGCGCACGACCAGAUGAACAACUUUGUCCUCGAGCAGACUAUCACAGCACCAUUCGCCAAUUCUCCUCUGACUGCCUACUUCCGCCGCUGCUCAUGGUCGCCCGAUGGAAUGCAUAUCGCUGCGGCGAAUGCCGUCAACGGUCCCGUCAGCUCUGUCGCCAUCAUCAACCGCGGCUCUUGGGACGGUGAUAUUAACUUAAUCGGCCACGAAGCUCCGGUAGAAGUCUGCGCGUUCUCUCCGCGACUAUACUCAAUGGAUGCGCCUGGCAAAAAGCAAGCCGAUGGCCAGCCAGUACCACCAAACCACAUCACUGUCAUUGCCUGUGCCGGUGGUGAUAAGUCUCUCAGCAUCUGGAUCACAAGUAACGCUCGACCCAUCGUCGUUGCCCAGGAGAUGGCAGCCAAGGCAAUCUCUGAUCUGGCAUGGACCCCCGAUGGAAAGUGUCUAUUUGCUACAGCUCUAGAUGGCACCAUUGUGGCUGUGAGAUUUGAGGACGGUGAGCUUGGAUGGGCCACAGAAAUGGAAGAGAACGAGAAGUCGCUCAACAAGUUCGGUACCAACAGAAGAGGCGCCGGCAUCACAGAGAAUACCGAUAGUUUACUAUUGGAGGAGAAGAGCAAGGCAGGUGAAAUCAAGCAUGUUGAAGGAAGGAUGGGUGCAUUGAUGGGCGAUGGCGCUGAGCCUACUGCGAAUGGAGAAAAGCCUUCUCGCCCUUCGAAUGGGAACACGCCUGCUCGUGCUUCGUCGCCUCCUUCCGAGACCCCCAAAACCCAGCCCAAUGGGUCCGCCUCAACAUCAACCGGCGCGGAAGCCGAGAAACCGGAUCCUUACCAAGCCAAGUUGGAAAGACUCAAACAACGCCCGACAUACACCAAGGAAGGAAAGAAGCGAAUUGCCCCAUUGUUGGUUUCUGGUGCUGGUGCUGGCGAGUCAUCUCUGCCCCAAGCUCGUCUAAUGGCCUCCGUCAGCAAUCAAGUCAAAGCCGACGCCCCAAGUACGAUUGUUGACUUGUCAAAACCCUUCGAUGGUUUACCAAAGGGUGGCCUGACGACUUUGCUACUUGGAAAUAAGCGAAAGCUAGCUCAAAUCGAGGGCGACGAAGACAACAGCGUGGAAAAACGUGUUGCCUCUGCAAGCCAAAAUAACGCAACCCCCAUUAUGGCCAACACCAUUGAAGGCCUUCUGCCCGCUCAAGUGCAGCCUGCGACAACCGGUCAACAGCCAACUCCAGAGUUCAUCCGACCUGCCGUCAUCAACCCCUGCAUGUCAGUCAGCCAGCUUCGUUUGGCAGUCCCUAAAAUUCGAAGCCAGAUUCUUCGCGCCCUUGAUUCAAGUGGAAAGCCCACGGAGCCACCAGCUCCUGGUGCAGACCCAAGCACUACCAAGGGUCGCGUAGAUGUGGUCUUCGAAGCUCGGAACCCAUCGGCGGCAAGCCUGACCGGCCGCGCCGUGGACCGUGAGCCGGUGCGUCUCACGCUGUUCCGUGGAGACCAGCCAUUAUGGCAAGACUUCUUACCAAAGUCCGUCCUUCUUGUGACGGGAAAUCAGACCAUGUGGGCGGCUGGCUGUGAAGAUGGAUCUAUCUAUUUAUGGACACCGGCAGGUCGUCGCUUGGUUUCUGGGCUUGUUCUUGAAGCACAGCCUGUCAUUUUGGAGUGCAAUGGACCUUGGAUUCUGUGCAUUUCUUCGGUAGGUAUGUGCUACGUUUGGAACGUGAAACACCUAUCCUCUCCCCAUCCACCUGUCUCCCUUCAACCAGUGCUGGAUGCUGCAAUUCACACACCUGGUGCAAACCCCACCGCUGCUCCUGCGGUCACGGAUGCCAGAAUCAAUUCCGAAGGCCGAGUCGUGGUGUCUCUAUCCAAUGGAGAAGGUUACUCUUACUCUCCCUCCAUGUUCACAUGGCAGCGGAUCUCUGAGGCCUGGUGGGCGGUUGGUAGUCAGUACUGGAAUACGACCGACGCACCAGUUAGCAAUUUGCAGGCCAAGGACGCGCAGCCAGACAACAAGGAUGCAAAGGCAGCCGUCGCAGCUGGUAUCAUCCCUUGGCUGGAGCGCAACACUACCAACGAGACUCUCCUUCGUGGAAGAGCCUACUUCCUUCAGCGUCUCAUCAAGGUGCUACUCUCCCGUGAAGGCUACGAGACCUUUGAAUCCAGCGUGUCAAUCGCCCAUCUUGAGAACCGCCUUGCUGCUUCUUUGUCUCUAGGCGCCAAGGAGGAGUUCCGACUGUACUUGUCAAUGUAUGCCAAACGCAUUGGCGCCGAAGGACUGAAGCUGAAGGUCGAGGAGCUGCUCAAGGGGCUGAUGGGUGGUCUAUUCGACGACGAAGAUGAUGCUAGCGAGGGCGUCAAAAGAUUACAGGCCAAUGAACGCGAUGGCCGUAACUGGCGCGAAGGAUCCGACAAUAUUUGUGGCUGGCCGCGAGAAGUCCUUUUGAAGGAAGUCAUCCUUGCUCUUGGUAAACACCGUGAUCUUCAACGAGUGACGGUGCCUUAUGCCAAGCUUCUUGAUAUGGUUGACACGGCGUCUGAUCAAGGUGACGCGAUGGACCUUUAA